GUUUCAAGAGAGGAGUCCACUUUAAUUCAGUCUCACAUCUCUAACCUCGUAAAGUCUGAGAAGCUCUCGAUAGUGUCAUCCAUGGCUCCCCCAAUUCGCAUCUCUCCCAUCUUCUGCUUGUGCUCACUUCUUCUGAUAGCGCUUUCCGAUGCUUAUCUCCCCCUACCUUCCCGGAACCUUCCUCUGCGAUCUGAUCCCAACGUCCACGAUUUGCUCACCAAAUACGGCCUCCCCAGGGGUCUUCUUCCCAACAACGUUAAAUCCUACGCUCUCUCCAGCGAUGGCUCCUUUCGCGUGGAACUCCAAAAGCCUUGUUACGUCCAGUUCGAUCGUUUGGUCUAUUACGAUAAGGUAAUCACAGGCAAGCUUACUUACGGAUCGGUGUCCGAUGUGUCUGGAAUUCAGGCGAAGAAGCUGUUCAUAUGGCUGCCUGUAACCGGAAUCAAAGCCAAUGAGAAAUCAGGUACUGUUGAAUUCUACGUUGGGCCGUUGUCGGAGGAGCUUCCUGCUCAUCAGUUUGAUGAGGUACCUUCGUGUAAGCGUGAGGCAUGUAGAGGGAAGGCAAUUUACCCAGAAGCCAUGUGAGGAAUAAUUACUGUUGAAUCUGGAUGAGUAACAGGGCUUAAGCAUGGUGAAGGACAGGUGGAAUGAAUAUGCAUAAGUGUGGCGGGACAAGAAUAAAGUGGGACGCUUGUGCUGUGCCUUGCAGGGGAGGACACCUCGGUGCAUGGAAAUGGAAUUGAGUUGAUAUGUGUUUGUUGUUUGUUUGCAUUCAGAGAGGGAGGGAGAGAGAUACAAAUUGUAAAGAAAAUCCUUAGAAUGGAAUUACAAUUCCGCACUCAGAUCCCACUAUGUAUGAAUGUUGAUGUUUUACUUUCUUUCAUCUAAGUUCAAUCUAUACCUCUGUAUA